AUGAUGCGGGACGGAUCACUCAUUAGUCUUUCUAACGAAAUAGAGGAAUUAGCGGUUUACGAUUCUCGAUAUCCUUCAGGUCAAAAUGAAGAGCUCGUUUACUCAUCCCAAUUAAAAAUCGACGGUAUAACAUCAAUUGACAUAACCGAAAAAUUUACCAGUGCAGUUCAUCAACUUGAUGUCGGGCAAAUUAUUCAAGACCCUAAUUUCACACUUUUCGAAUCAGUGGGUGCAAUUGAGAUCAUGGACAAGAAGAUGGAUAGCGGAUACUUAGAGCCCGGCGAGACCAUGGAUGAUGAUUACGAUUUCAGCAGGAAUCUACUUCCCGAUGAAGUAAUUGGAAUCAUGGAUCAAUUGUUCUUUCAUGAGAUGGCAUGGCAUAAGGGUCACCCUCUCGCUCAAACAAUCUUCACCAGUGUUCAUAUUGAUAGGCUACUAUGGCCUUAUCCUGAGAGCAUCAGCACGACUAACUUUGAACGAAAUGAUCUUGACUCAGCCACGGAACCUCUGUGCCAUAGAGUCUUACGGGCAUACUGCUUAGGUCUUGUAAAAACUUGUCACUUUGUAAAUACUCGGAUUAACUCUGAGCAUUUCUAUGAGGAAGAAGACUUUGUCACUAAUACCUUUCACAGGAAUCUUUUAGAAGAUUUUGAUUCGGAAUCAAUCCUAGAAUUUUUGAAAGAGACAAAAAUACUGGUGAACUCUCAUGAUAUUUAUCCGAUAUUCAAGACCGCCUUGAAGAUUCGUCUUGAAUUCCGGAUUCAGUUCCUAGUAGCUGUAAAAACUACUGAAUCGAGAAUUUCAGCACAGGGCAUGACCUCAUGGACAGAUUUAAGGCCUCUUGGGGAUGAGAUGAAGAAUUCUAUGCGGCAUGGGACCCCAGUACCAUCAGCUUUCAGCGAGAAGCUUCAGAGAAAACUUGCAAGCACUAUUCCACCUCGUCCAAUUGUUCAGUUGAGCCCAGAGGAUGCCUUCAACCACCUAGAUAGGCUCUGUCUCGAUGCAUCAAGUGUGGUUGAACAACUGGAGUACUUUGAUAGCCAUAGUCUUCUGACUUUUAUCUUGCUAAUCCAAGCCCUCACACCCCAACCUUCUACAUAUGCCCGUGCAAUCCUACAAUACUACCUCUUGGCAGAUAUGUCGGUUUUAGGAUCCGUACCAAUACAACAAGUGGUCGAAAAUGAUCUAUCGACGACCAUACUUCCUUCACAUAUGCUCUUUUUGCCCGAAUAUGAUGAAGUAGAAGUCCCUUCAGACCCUCGUCACAAAGUAGCCACUCAAAUAGAAUCCUUCCGAAGUCACGCAGCGGGCUCAUACUUAGAUUUACUGAGAACUCUGUGUCAAAACAGGUGUCGAAUACGCCGCUCACUCUGCCAUUCUAUUAUCGAGUGGGAUAAUCUCCAGUACCAUGCCGAACAACUCGACCAAAAAAUUUGCGACCUCGAUGAAGAAUCGGUUAUAGAGACUAAAAACUCAUCAGAUCCAAUAUGGUCUUACCCUUUCUCGUCAUGGGUAUAUUACUACAAAAUACUACAAAUGGAAUGGAUUAUUCAGCUUGGUUUUGAAUUAGAAACUUAUCAACCCGAUGAGCUCGCUGGCAUGUAUGGUUACUUACAAUAUUUAUCUAAAACUCGUCACGAAAAUUUAAAGCGCGUUCAAAGGCUUGUGAAUAAACGUUACCACGAAGCACUGCAGAAUAACAAAUCAUGUAAGGAUAAAAAUUACACCUUUUUAAAGACAUUGUCUUUCAUAGAUUUUGCAAGUGUAGAAUCGUCUGCUACAUAUCAUUUUGCGCACGGUCUUUCAUGUCUAUUCGCCGUACUAGAUCGUCUAUUAGCUCUUCAGCCCUCAUUCUCAUAUUACAGCGAUGACCACCGGCGAUACGAAGUUCGAAUGAAACCAUUCCUCUCUAUGAAACAUCCCAAACUCAUUCCAUAUGAGGAAUUCAAAAAAUUAAUUCGACAGCCUGAUGAAGAUACCUCAGAACUUUUACAAAUGUCAGUGGAUUCAACUACAAAUGCGAAAAAAUACUUUGAGAUUUUGAGCAAAUUAACACCAGAAGAAUCAUUCUCUUGUGGUACACACAAAAGCUGGUCAAACGACAUUAAGAAUUGUCUGAAAGCAUGUAUCCAGACUGUAAUAAACGUUACGAAGGUAAGACGAGCAGUGAAAGCAACUGAAAACGGUGGUCGAACCAAGAUCAAAGUCGAGAUAUCCACAAUGGAUAAGGGCUAUCAUAAUUGGUGGACUGUACCAACUAUUACUGUACCUACUUGA